UGUGGACAUAGGCACCGGUCCGCUGUUGGAGUUUGACGUGGCAUUCAGCUCUCAUUUACAGUGCGCACCGUGCUGAACCUUAACCAGCUGAACCUUCCAAUCAGUUCUUGAUCUGGGAUGAGAAGAGUCUGAACGGGACCAGGCGCGAUGAGUCAGCAGGGCUUUGUGGCUGGUUUCUCUCAAGGUGGCUAUUCUAGCGCCUACGGAGCCUCGAACCCCCAGACUCACUACGGGCACUUCGCGGUCCCGCCACAAGGGGUCGCCCCAACGCCAGCCACGUUCAAGACGCCCACAUCUCCUGGAUCCGGCAUGCCUCUACCUCCAGGGACUGGCCAGUUCAUGACCAAUGGUCUGCACAAUGGAACGAGCGAGCAAAGGUUCCCGCCUCCUACCUCAGUCCCUUCUCCGUCUGCCUACCCUCUCCCCACUGGUCCCAGAUUGGCUGCUGCACCAGCUUCCACACAGCAGCUGACCAAUCAGAUGGGUGGCAUGCAAAUCGGCGGAUAUGGCCAAAGCUUACUGCAAGCUCCUCAGCCCCCUAUGAGUUCUGUGGCACUGCAGACAAUGUCUUCACCACCCUUGGGACAUGUCCAGCCAUUGCAGGCCCCUCCCACAUGUCCUCCUCCAAUGGGCGUGGGCCCAGCCAUGGGCACCAUGGGCACAGUCCCACCAAUGGGCAUGCCCGGAUCAUUCCCAGGCCCGCCCCCUCCCAGCAGUGGUACACUCCAGCAACUUUCAGGAUUAUGUGGGCCGCAGGAGUUACUGCAUCAGCAAGGUGGAUACGGGGGCCAACCAGCGGGCUCUCUGCCCGGCUUCCCUGGGGCCUUUCCCCCCGGGGCAGCACAGAUGGCGGGGCCCCCACAGAAGAAAUUGGACCCCGACUCCAUCCCCAGCACAACACAAGUGAUUGAGGACGACCAGGCCAAGCGUGGUGGGCAGAUCUACACCACCAAUCUCAGGGGCCAGGUCCCCCCCCUGGUCACUACAGACUUUGUGGUUCAGGACCAAGGCAACGCCAGCCCGCGAGUCAUGCGCUCCACAGUCUACUCCUUCCCCUGCACCGCCGACCUCGCCAAGCAGUGCCAGGUGCCCCUGGCGGUCACCAUCAAGCCCCUCGCUCUCAUCCCCAAGAACGAGACCCCCCUGUACACAGUGGACCACGGCGAGGCUGGACCCAUCCGCUGCAACCGUUGCAAGGCCUACAUGUGUCCUUACAUGCACUUUAUAGACGGGGGGCGGCGUUACCAGUGCGGCUUCUGCAGUUGCGUCAAUGAAGUGCCGACGUUUUAUUUCCAGCAUCUGGAUCACGUUGGCCGCAGGGUGGACGCCUACCAGAGGCCUGAGCUCUCCCUGGGCUCCUACGAGUUCAUCGCUACCCCAGAGUACUGCAAGGACAAGAAGCCCCCGAAUCCACCAGCGUUCAUCUUUAUGAUCGACGUGUCCUAUUCCAACAUCAAGAGCGGCCUGGUCCGACUGGUGUGUAACGAGCUGAAGGGGCUGCUGGAGAGACUUCCAAGGGAGGAGGGGGCUGAGAGCUCGGUGGUCAGGGUGGGCUUCGUGACCUACAACAAAAUCCUGCACUUCUACAACGUGAAGAGCACCCUGGCCCAGCCCCAGAUGAUGGUGGUGUCAGACGUGGCUGAGAUGUUCCUGCCCCUUCUUGACGGCUUCCUCGUCAGCUUCCAGGAGUCGCGAUCUGUCAUCAGUAGUCUGUUAGACCAGAUUCCAGACAUGUUUGCUGACACCGGAGAAAGCGAGACGGUCUUUGCCCCCGUCAUCCAGGCCGGUGUCGAGGCUCUGAGGGCAGCGGAGUGCAGCGGCAAGCUCUUCAUUUUCCACUCCUCGAUCCCGACCGCUGAGGCCCCCGGGAACCUGAAGAACCGCGAUGACAGGAAGCUGUUCAACACAGAGAAGGAGAAGACUCUCUUCCAGCCCCAGAAGGGCGUCUACGAGCAGCUGUGCAAGGACUGCGUCACCAGCGGCUGCUGCGUAGACCUCUUCCUCUUCCCCAGCCAGUAUGUGGAUGUGGCCACCAUGGGCAGCGUAUCUAUGCACACCGGAGGCUCCGUCUACAAGUACAACAACUUUCAGGUGGACAUUGAUGGGGAGCAUUUCCUCAGAGAUCUCAGAAGAGAUGUGGAAAAGCCGGUUGGGUUCGACGCCAUCAUGCGAGUCCGUACCAGCACAGGCUUCAGAGCCACAGACUUCUAUGGCGCCCUCCACAUGAACAACACCACCGACGUGGAGAUGGCAGGUGUGGACUGCCACAAGGCCGUCACUGUGGAGUUCAAGCAUGACGACAAGCUGAGCGAGGACACGGGGGCCUUGAUUCAGUGCGCGCUGCUGUACACAUCCGUCGGGGGGCAGAGGCGGCUGCGAAUCCACAACCUGGGCCUCAACUGCUCCUCCCAGCUGGCCGAGCUCUUCAAGAGCUGCGAGACGGACACCCUCAUCAACUUCUUCGCCAAGUCCGCGUACCGUGCCAUGGUGAACCAGCCGCUGAAGACAGUGCGUGAGAUCCUGGUCAACCAGACGGCCCACAUGCUGGCCUGCUACAGAAAACACUGCGCCAGUCCCUCCGCAGUCAGCCAGCUGAUUCUCCCAGACGCCAUGAAGGUGCUCCCCUUGUACAUGAAUAGCUUGAUGAAGAGCGCCGCCCUGGUGGGCAGUCCUGAGCUGUCCACUGAUGACAGGGCCCUGCACAGGAUCACGGUGACGAGCAUGGGCGUGGAGGAGACGCAGGCCCUUCUCUACCCCCGGCUCAUGCCUGUGUACUCCAUGGACAUGGUGAGCGACACGCUGCCCCCUGCUGUCCGCUGCUCAGAGGAGCGCCUCUCUGACAGCGGGGCAUUCCUGCUAGAGGACGGCCGGCGGAUGUUCCUGUGGCUGGGCCAGAGCUGCUCCCCGGAGUUCAUCCAAGGCGUUUUCAACGUGCCGUCCUUCACGCACGUCAGCCCGGACAUGACUUCAAUACCCGAGCUAGACAACCCUCUCUCUAAGAAGCUGCGGACUGUCAUGGAACGCAUCAGCCAGCAGAGGGCGCAGGCCAUGAAGCUCCUGAUAGUGAAGCACAAGGAAAAGUCGGACAUGCUGUUCCGUCAGUACCUGGUGGAGGACAAGGGCCUACAUGGAGUCUCCUACAUGGACUUCCUGUGCCACGUCCACCGCGAGAUCCGACAGCUGCUGACCUAACCGGGGAGGCUCGGUGUCACCGGCUGGUACUGAUAUCUGUGGCAUUAUCACUAUGAAUAAUCAUAACAUAAAUCUUUUAACCGGGGCAAUAUUUAAAACACUCAGCCUGGCAUGUCCACACUUUUCAAAAGCCGGCUGUCCAUCCUAGCACCACUAUUAAAGCAUCUUUAUCUCUCUGGGCUGUUUAGAGCAGCGCUUCCCGAUUCGGUCCUGGGGUCACACGGACAGUCCACAAAUUUGCUCCCUCCUGUCCAGCAGGGAGUUCAGAGGGAGCAAAAACAUGGACCGACUGUGGGUCCCCGAGGACCGGAUUGGGAAACACUGGUUUAGAGUGAUACACAGACUCACAGCGGUCAUAGAGAGCGGACCAAUCGCUUAGUGCCAAAGGCUGAUUGAGGGCUGCACCGAUCAGCAGUUGUAAACAACACAUCAAUCAUUGAGGACCAAAGAGACUCUUUAUGACAGCUGCAUAAUGUGUAAAGUCUGUUCUGAGAAUCAUUAAUUACCCUCGUAGCAUGUGACUGCACGUCAUGUGACUAUUAUUUUGUAACAAUGGGAUAUGAUUUAAUAUUGUCUGCUAUAAACAGCCUUAAUCGUUUUAACUCAUCUGUAUUUAUUAAAUAUGUGACUAGAAUUACGGCAUUUAGCAUGGGGCAUUUUUCCAAGUCCGUCAAAUAUCAGGUCGUCAGAGUGCUAGUUAGAAAUAAAUGCAAUUGAAUUAUUUAUCCCAAAGCACUAUUUUACAUUGUGUGUAAGAUAUGCUAAUACAAAUUGCUGCAGUCUUAAAAGCGUUAAGAGUUAAGCUCUACUGAUUUGUAUUCCAUUACAAUUCUGCGAUCAGAUCUGAUUGUCCUCCAAAAUCGUCUGAAUCUCUGGUUAGACUUGCUAAUAAGAUCUUUGCUAAUGAGAACACCACAUGUUCACAAUCCUCACCAUAGAGUGAAAAUAAGAAAUUUAGUAAAAUGAUUAAUGUAGUUGUUUGAGUUCUCUGUUAGUCACAAAGGAAGUUGUCAGAUAUCGGUAAAAAGGAAAAACAGCCGUUUCUUAUGACUUUAUAGGUGCAUCAACUAGGUCUUAUUUUAAAACAUCCCAUAAUUUUGCACAUUUAUGUAAUUCAUAUGCAGUUUGAAAAUAUAUGUGUAUGUAACACAUGUAAUCUGAUAAUACUCAAGCAAAACAGUUUCCUAGACCAGAAAGCACAGAUCGAUACUGUGACUGUAUUCCUUCCCUUUUGCAUAUUUUUAAGAUUCAAACUUGACAUGGAUAGGAAAUAUUUGUUUGUACGUCUCAGGUACGAUGUGUCCUACAAAACCUUUGUAUAUGAAUAAAGGAAAUGGGUUGGUAUAUUGCAAGAAAUCCACCCACCCAUCCAUCUCCCAAACAAUUUUCCUGGUCAGGGUCUAGGGCAGCAUGGGGCACAAGGGUUGGAUACCCCCCACCCCCCCCCAGGCAGGAUGCGAAUCCAUCACUGGGCACUUACACAUGCGUACUCAUGCACUAUGGGUAAUUUAGAAACGUCAUUUAGCCUGACUGUGUGUGUUCAGGCUUGUGGGAGAGAACCUGUGCAACACAGGGACAAUAUGCAAGCUUUACAGGGCCAGUGGGAUUUGAACCCAAACCCUAGCGUGAGGCAGCACAUCCACUCAGCAGCACGAGCGACAAUUGGGUGUAAUUUGUUGUAUGAGUGCAUCCAUGAGAAUUGUGCAAUGUGUUUAUAUAUUCCUAUAUAAUAUCUCCUAGUGUUUUUUUGUAUUAUUAUUGUACUAAAGCAUCUUAUAAUCUAUCUGAGGACCUGUAACCCUCUGACAAUAAAUGUUCUAUUCAGGAGGA